CUGCUAUGAGAACUUGAUCAUGGACAAGGAGGAGUGCCGGAAGAGUUCACUCUGCCGCCGGGAGCUGAUCGAGAUCAUCCGGGAUAGCAAGGUGAAGAACAGUCUUAGGAAACUCCUGGAAAAUUCACCAAAGCAUCGCCACCGGUCGCACACGAUUUCGGCCUGCGUCAACGGAGAUCAAGAGCAGCAGUGCACCAUGAUCGGUGCCGACCAAACGCAUGUGGUUGCCGCCCACAACGAGACUAACCUGUGCGGUUACGAUUCCUAUCUGCACCAGACGAUCUGUGCGGCGGUUGCUUCGGCAAAGCAUGCGACCUUGCAUGGUGGAGUUCUCGGUGGAGCAUUGACGGCCCUGCCGUAACGACUGGCGGGAUUCUGCAGCAACACGACGCACACACACAGAGGAAGGAACAACGCCUCGCAGUCACCAACCGGACCCAGCAAUACCCGAAUCUGUGCUCGACCAGCAAUAUCCGAAUCUGUCAGCUGGCGGAAGAGAUGGUCGAACGGGAAGGCCCCCGGAAGGCUGCCGCCCUCAAG